UUCACUGCACUUUCACUGCACGCAUAGUAUUCAAAGUCUAUUCGUACUGAACAUCGUCUAAACGUUUGAUCGUCUCAUCAAAAUAAGGCAAAAGCAUUGCAUCCCAAACCAUAUAGUAAUGCAAAUAUGCCCCGAGCCUUCCUAAUCACCAAUAAAAGGUAUGACUCCAACACUUCCAUCACUGAUCAUACACUGGACCACAACCAACACAUCGACCAUCACAUUGACCAUCAUUCCAGAGAGAAUAGUCCCGAACACAGCGUCUAUACGGCCGAGGAUUCAAAAAGUUUUGACUAUGAAAUCGCCUCAAAUGCAGACUCGAUUGCUCUCAAGCCUUCGAGUCCCGGAUCACCCGCUCGUCUCUACAAUCGUAUAUCAGUGUUAGCCCACACCGACUCCCUAUCCAAAUACGAUAGCCCUAUAAAUUGUUUAUCAAUUGACGAUCAAAACGAUGAAUUGGAGGACAGUUUGGAUGAAAUGGAGGCACAAGACCUAUCACUUCAUCACUUGAGAGCCAGUAGUGACAGCGAAAUAAAGAGAGAAAAUGUAAAUCCAUUUAACUUUGUCUGUCGUGUCGCCGAAGCUCUCAAACAAAGCCAAUCACCAGAACAGUCCUCGUUGUCGUCUGACAUUCACAUAUGUCCUGAUUGUGGCAAAAGAUACAGCACUUCCAGUAAUCUGGCCCGACAUCGACAAACUCAUCGAAGUGUUACCGAUAAAAAGGCCCGAAAGUGUCCGCAUUGUGACAAAGUCUAUGUUUCAAUGCCUGCCUAUUCUAUGCACGUGCGGACCCAUAGCCAGGGCUGUCAAUGUCCUUAUUGUGGCAAAUGCUUCAGUAGACCCUGGCUUCUGCAGGGACACAUACGCACACAUACAGGAGAGAAGCCAUUCAAGUGUCCGAUCUGUGCGAAAGCGUUCGCCGACAAGAGGUAA